AUGCAAAAUGCAAGAAUCCCCCACUCAAGCCAAGCUCAGGAGCAAGACUGUUUACAAAGUCAGUGUGUCAGUGAUAAACAAGAAAUGACAAUAAAACGAGAAAAUGACGGCAAUGCAGAGGUGGAGGAAAGCCUCCCCUCUUGUUCCUCUGCCAGCGGACCAUCCACUUCUGCCGAGGGCUGUUCAUCAGAAGUUCUGAGGAGAGGGCCAGCCCUGCUGCACAUCGACAGACAUCAGAUACAGACGGUGGAGCUGAGUGCGCAGGCUCUUGAACUGCAGGGGUUGGGUGUGGAUGUGUAUGACCAGGACGUGCUGGAACAGGGUGUGCUUCGGCAGGUGGACAGCGCCAUUCAUGAGGCCAGCCGUGCGGCCCAACUUGCUGAUGCAGAGAAAGAGUAUCGCUCAGUCCUGGAUGACCUCACGUCAUGUAGGACAUCCCUAAGGCAAAUCAAUAAAAUUAUUGAACAACUUAGCCCUCAAGCUGCCACCAACAGAGACGUCAACAGGAAACUAGAUUCUGUAAAACGACAGAAGUAUAAUAAGGAACAACAGUUAAAGAAGAUCACGGCAAAACAAAAACGUCUCCAGGCCAUCCUUGGAGGAGCAGAGGUACAAGUUGAAAUAGAUCAUGCUGGUCUGGAGGAAGAGGAUACAGAACCGGGGCCAUCCUGUCUCGGCAGCAUGCUCAUGCCUGUCCAGGAGGCUGCUUGGGAAGAGCUCAUCCGCACUGGCCAGAUGACACCUUUUGGAACCCAGAUCCCUCAGAAACAGGAGAAAAAGCCUAGAAAACUAAUGCUCGAUGAAGCAUCAGGCUUUGAAAAGUAUUUGGCAGAUCAAGCAAAAUUGUCUUUUGAAAGGAAGAAGCAAGCUUGUAAUAAAAGAGCAGCUAGGAAAACUGCGGCCUCGGGCACCUCUGAGCUGAGCGCAACACUCAGUGAAAACAAACCAAGUGAGCGAAGCAAAGUUCUCUCGAAAGCAGAUAAGCGCUUGAGAAAGCACAUCAAGAAGCUGCAGAAAAGGGCUCUUCAUUUCCAAGGGAAAGUGGGCUUGCCGAAAGGAAAGAAGCCUUUGGAGUCUGACGUGAAGCCGAAGGCAGAGGGCACCUCUGAGAGCGAAGAGUCCGAAUACUUCCCCACGGAGGAGGAGCAGGAGGAGGCAGAGGGGGCUGAGCUGACCGGAGAAGGCCCUGACUCCGUGCUGAAACCUGUGCUCAAGCACCGGAAGCGGCAGAAAAAAGUCACGGUGCAGGAGAUGGGGGAUGACUUUUUUCCAAGUUCUGGGGAAGAAGCAGAAGCCACCUGUGGAGGAGGAGGUCGGAAAGUAGUGAGAUGCCGAGAUGAUGGAGAUGAAGAUUAUUAUAAGCAGCGGCUAAGGAGAUGGAAUAAGCUGAGGCUGCGGGACAAAGAGAAGUGUCUGAAGCUUGAAGGCGAUUCUGAGGAGAGCGAUGCCGAGUUUGACGAUUUUAAAAUCCCGGGUUUUCUGUUCAAAAAACUUUUUAAGUACCAGCAGACAGGUGUUAGGUGGCUGUGGGAAUUGCACUGCCAGCAGGCAGGAGGAAUUCUGGGAGAUGAAAUGGGAUUGGGCAAGACCAUCCAGAUAAUUGCCUUCUUGGCAGGUCUGAGCUACAGCAAGAUCAGGACUCGUGGUUCAAAUUACAGGUUCAAGGGGUUGGGUCCGACUAUAAUUGUCUGUCCAACGACAGUGAUGCAUCAGUGGGUGAAGGAAUUUCACACGUGGUGGCCUCCAUUCAGAGUGGCAAUUCUGCAUGAAACUGGCUCUUACACUCACAAAAAGGAGAAACUAAUUCGAGAUAUUGCUCAUUGUCAUGGCAUUUUGAUCACUUCUUACUCCUACAUUCGGCUGAUGCAAGAUGACAUUAGCAGGCAUGACUGGCACUAUGUGAUAUUGGAUGAGGGGCACAAAAUUCGAAAUCCAAAUGCUGCUGUCACCCUUGCUUGCAAACAGUUCCGCACCCCUCAUCGCAUCAUCUUGUCCGGCUCACCGAUGCAAAAUAACCUCCGGGAGCUGUGGUCGCUCUUUGACUUCAUCUUCCCAGGAAAGUUAGGCACGUUGCCUGUGUUCAUGGAGCAGUUCUCGGUUCCUAUCACCAUGGGGGGAUAUUCAAAUGCCUCCCCAGUACAGGUUAAAACUGCUUAUAAAUGUGCAUGUGUCUUACGAGAUACCAUAAAUCCAUACCUACUGCGGAGAAUGAAGUCAGAUGUCAAAAUGAGCCUUUCUUUGCCAGAUAAAAAUGAACAGGUCCUAUUUUGCCGUCUUACAGAGGAGCAACUUAAAGUCUACCAAAAUUUUAUUGAUUCCAAAGAAGUUUACAGAAUUCUUAAUGGAGAUAUGCAGAUUUUCUCUGGACUUGUAGCCCUAAGAAAAAUCUGCAACCACCCUGAUCUCUUUUCUGGAGGCCCCAAGAAUCUCAGAGGUAUUCCAGAUGAGGAACUAGAAGAAGAUCAGUUUGGAUACUGGAAACGUUCUGGGAAAAUGAUAGUAGUUGAGUCCUUGUUGAAAAUAUGGCACAAACAAGGUCAACGAGUAUUGCUAUUUUCGCAGUCAAGACAAAUGUUGGACAUACUUGAAGUAUUCCUUAGAGCCCAAAAGUAUUCUUACCUCAAGAUGGAUGGUACCACUGCAAUAGCUUCAAGACAACCACUGAUUACAAGAUACAACGAGGACACAUCUAUAUUUGUGUUUCUUCUGACCACUCGGGUGGGUGGCAUAGGAGUCAACCUGACGGGGGCAAACAGAGUCAUCAUCUAUGAUCCCGACUGGAACCCAAGUACAGACACACAGGCCCGGGAGCGAGCCUGGAGGAUCGGCCAGAAGAAGCAAGUGACGGUGUAUAGGCUGCUGACUGCAGGCACCAUCGAAGAAAAGAUUUACCACCGACAAAUUUUCAAGCAGUUUUUGACAAAUAGAGUGCUGAAAGAUCCAAAGCAAAGGCGAUUUUUCAAGUCCAAUGAUCUUUAUGAGCUGUUCACUCUGACAAGCCCCGAUGCAUCCCAGAGCACUGAAACAAGUGCUAUUUUUGCAGGAACUGGUUCAGAUGUUCAGACUCCCAAACGCCUUUUAAAAAGAAAACUUCUGCCAGCCUUUGGAACAGACCCUGAUGUUUCAAUAUGCAAAAAGUGCCCUGAUUCUAAUGCAUCUGCAAAUGAUGCCACAUCAUCUGAAGAGAAGUCUACAACGACAGGAGCUGAAGUAAAUGCAGUAACAUCUGAUCAAGUAACAUCUGAUCCUUUGAAAGAUGCCCCUCGAACGCCUAGAGAUCUGACUGGUGGUGAUGGGCCUGGAGAAGAGGCGAGUGCAGUGUCUAGACCAGAGGAGUCAUCAGUGAUUAGUGGACAUGGGGAAUGUUCAGAUUCUCCAGGAAUCAGCAAAAUGGAUGGACUGUCUAGUGAAGAAAGCAUCCAUGAAAAACAAGGUCUUUCUGACAAAAGAGAAAGCUGCCAGGCUCCAACAGACCCUCUUCGGGAGAAUAAGCAAACGGAAAAUAAUUUUUAUAAGCACAAGUCUAAAACAAAACAUAGUGCACCAGAAGAAGAGACCCUGGAGCACCAUCGCAGGCUGAAGCAAAAGCCUAAGAACUCUAAGCAUCGCAGAGAUGCCAAGUUUGAAGGAACUCGAAUUCCACACCUAGUGAAGAAAAGGCGGUACCAGAAGCAAGACAAUGAAAAUGAGAAUGAGACCAGCCAGCAGAGCAAUGACGAUUAUGUCUUGGAAAAGCUUUUCAAAAAGUCAGUUGGUGUGCACAGUGUCAUGAAACACGAUGCCAUCAUAGAUGGGGCCAAUCCAGAUUAUGUGCUGGUGGAGGCAGAGGCCAACCGAGUGGCCCAGGACGCCCUGAAAGCGCUGAGGCUCUCUCGUCAACGGUGUCUGGGAGCAGUGUCCGGUGUUCCCACCUGGACAGGCCAUCGGGGGGUUUCUGGUGCACCAGCAGGAAUAAAGAGUAGAUUUGGUCAGAAAAGGAAUUCCAACUUCUCUCUGCAGCAUCCUUCUUCAACAUCUUCAAAGGAGAAAUGCCAGGACGGCGUCACGAGAAAGGAUGGAAAGGAUGAUGCUUCUGAGCACUUCAGUGGAAAAGUGGAAGAUGCAGAAUCUUCACCUGGGGCCCUCUCUUCGUCUUCACUGUUGGCUAAAAUGAGAGCUAGGAACCACCUGAUUCUGCCAGAGCGACUGGAAAGUGACAGUGCGCACCAAGAGGCAUCUGCUCCGCCAUCUGCCAUCACGGAACACGAUGAUCUGCUGGUGGAAAUGAGAAACUUCAUUGCUUUUCAGGCCCGUGUUGAUGGCCAGGCCAGCACUCGGGAGAUCCUGCAGGAGUUCGAGUGCAAGUUAUCAGCCUCACAGUCUUGUGUCUUUCGAGAACUAUUGAGAAAUCUGUGCACUUUUCAUAGGACUUCUAGUGGUGAAGGAAUUUGGAAACUCAAGCCAGAAUACUGCUGA